CCUGACUUAGUGACUGCACGUGCGUGCGCGUGGCAACAGUGUUCCAUCAUUAAUGCCUAGACCAAGCCGCUUCGCCAGGUCAAGUCCGGCAGCGGCCCAGUCAUAUGACCUUACUUUAUAGCGUGGAAGGGAUGCAGCGCAGGAGCAUUGCUCUCUGGCGUCGCUCGCCCCAGGGCCCCACGAUAGAUGGCACAUACGCCACGUGCGUAGCAGCAUCGCCACAUGCACACUGUGUGGGAGCUGCUGUGUACCCAGCGACGUAUGCAUACGUGCCCGCCGGGACACUUCGUGUGCGUUCUUGACAGACCUGGCGCUUCGCCCUGCAGCGCGGGUGAUCUGUCUCGGGUUUUUGAACCAGCGGCGGCAGCGCCUGAUUGAUGUGUGAUUUACGGAUCCCAGUUUGACAAUCAAAAUGCAGUGGCAACCGAGUCGCAUUUUCAUAGGAUUUCUCAAUGCCCAGCCUGAUGCCCAGCGUGCUGCCAGUCUGACUUCGCGAC